UGCCGUCACAUCUAUUGCCGGGUUGUUUAUGCGCGUAGUCAAGGCGACAAAGCGCCAUAGCAACGAAAAGUUAUUAUCAACAGAGUACUAAAAGUUAGCCCGACUUGUUAAUGUUGCUUUGGGACCCUUUCAUUAAACUCUGUAGGCAAUUUUGUUUUAAUUAUAUGUGAUAAUUUUAUGGGUUUGAUUACACGUAUAACGUUUCGUGAUAGUUCUAUCUUGACAUAAGAUUUUCAUUGUGCAAAUAUGGCCGAAGAAUAAUUGCGAUAAAGAUAUCUGUUGUAUAUCGUUUUCAAUGCAUAGCUUAGAGGAAAAACCUUUAUCCUUACCGACGGUCAGCUCAGAAGUGUGUAACAUUAGCAUGUACAACGGAGAGGAAAACGCACUAUCUCCUGGGAGUGCAGAUGCGAAGCAUCCUGUAGAGACUAUUGUGCCACAGUUAACUGCGAUGGAGUCGGACAGCUCUAGCGAUACGCCAACUGAAGUUGCUGCUGAAGUAGCAGUGGUCACCGCAGAUCUCUCUUCAUCGGCUUUGGUUUCGACUAAUCCGCACUUCAUCACUGUAACUGUUGCUGGUGACGAUGUGCCUCAUUCUACAUUUGUGCAAUAUGUUGAAACGGAUAUAUACACAGGGCAGGCCCCAUCGCAAAUGGUAUAUCCAGUUUAUGCCGUGAGCGAGUACGCUUCUGCAGGCAGCAGUUCUCAGGUUUCUCAAUCAGCGCAGCCGCACUACUAUACUGCUUCUGGUUCGGCUUUUGUGGGAGCGGGUGCUACUUCUGUAAAUGCUACGAUUACUUCCGAUCCAUACAUUUUAUCUGCUCAUUUGUCCAGUGAAGACGAAGCUAUGAUCGUACAACAGCCGACCAGCACAGAAUCUGACUCUCCAUCGAAUCAUACUAUAUCAUCAGGAAGCGCGGAAAGCAGUCAUAAUUACAUAGACUCACCAAGUGUAGGGAGCAGCCAACAAUUGCCAAAUACCAAUGGUGAUAGUAAUACAGGUUCAUCAACACGUGUUUCACCUAUUACUGUAACAUGGUUGAUGAAUAAUUAUGAGACAGCGGAAGGUGUUAGCUUACCUCGAUCAACCUUAUAUUCACAUUACUUGCGCCACUGUUCUGAGCACAAAUUGGAUCCAGUAAAUGCAGCUUCUUUUGGAAAACUGAUACGGUCAGUUUUUUUAGGUUUGCGUACUAGGCGUUUGGGUACGAGAGGAAACUCCAAGUACCAUUAUUAUGGAAUACGAAUCAAGCCUGGUUCGGACCUUACUCAAGUAGAUGAAAAACCUCCUUCAAAUUCUGCCCCAUCAUAUUCAAAUAAUAAUGCCAAAUCGCAUAAGGUAAAAUCAAACUUUAAAUCUAAUGUUAGUGAUGGAACUACGCAGUAUCUUGGUGAUGGAAAUAAUGCUGUUCCAGUAUUUCCUGAAAUAUUGUUCAAUGAGGAUUCACAUCUUCCUGAAGAUUGUUCUUUCGAAGAUGUGGACACAUUCAAAGAUAUUUAUAGAGAGCAUUGUGAGGCGUUUUUAGAUGCAAUAUUGAACUUAGAGUUUAACACAAUAGAAACAUUAUGGCGUGAAUUUUGGAGAGCAAGUAAUAACAAUAAUGGAGACGAAUGCGAGGAUGAAAAGUAUCUCAGCAAGUCGAAGCUGUACAAACUCUGCACCGUUCAGCCUAUCCAGGUUUUUAUAUUAGAAGUUGAUUUUGUGUUUUAUCAAAAUGUCGUAGAAGUUCUUCUGCCCGAUGUUCUGAGGCCCAUCCCAAGUGCUUUAACACAAUCUAUUCGAAAUUUUGCAAAGGGUCUAGAAAACUGGUUAGCAUUGGCAAUGUCAGGAUUGCCUAAUUCUUUAGUAUCAAGUAAACUAACUGCAGUGUCUGCAUUUGCACAGAUGUUACGACGAUAUACCUCAUUGAACCAUUUAGCGCAGGCUGCUCGUGCUGUUUUGCAAAAUAGCUCACAGAUAUCACAAAUGUUAUCUGAUUUAAAUAGAGUGGAUUUUAAUAAUGUGCAAGAACAAGCGGCAUAUGUUUGCCAGUGUGAUCCAAUGAUUGUUCGAAAUUUGGAAGACGAUUUCAAAUUCACUCUACAGCAGCAAAAUAGCUUAGAACAAUGGGCCAGUUGGCUGAAAACCGUCAUGAAAAACGCCUUGAAAGACUAUGAAGACAAACCUACCUACACUGAGGCUGCGAGGCAGUUUCUGCUUAAAUGGUCCUUCUAUAGUUCCAUGAUUAUACGAGAUUUGACAUUAAGAUCAGCGGCCAGCUUUGGAUCUUUUCAUCUGAUUCGAUUACUUUAUGAUGAAUACAUGUUUUAUCUAGUGGAACAUGAAAUAGCUCGUUUUAGAGGCACAUCGGCUAUAGCAGUAAUGGCUGAAAUAAUGAAAGCUCAAUCCACUUCCAGUACACCGAACGAUUGCAAUGUUGAGACUCCAGCAGAAGAAAAGAGAAUGAAAUUGUUCUAACCAAGGGAUAAACUUGGUAUCUUGCCCCUCGCUUACUUUUAUGGUGAGAGGGAAAUGGAAUGAAAGGAUGGACUGAUGAUUUUUGAAAUACAUCGAGUAAUAUCAAAAUAGGCUUGCACCGAAUAUUCGGCAUGUUCCGCCGAAUACCGUAUCGUUAAAAUCAAAGGCGCCGCCGCCGCUCAACGACAGCAUUGUUGGUGUUUCAUCUUUUAUGUGAUGUAGAUGAGCUCGCGAUGGAUCUGGGUGUUUAGUUCAUAUGAUGAUUUGAAGAAAUGAUUUUGUUAUUGUAUAUUAUAUGUGAGUUUGGUGUUGAUAUAUAUUUUCAUGAGUUAUUUA